AUGACUUCUACAUCUGCUAGGAUGCUCGCCAAAACUUCUGUGGUGCUGUGUGCCCUUUGUAUAGCGGCAUACGGCGCCCUCUGCAUGGUGGUCUUUCACGCGCGGAAGCAGUUCCCCCUCGACAAGCAUUCUUAUACACCCGUCCACCGGGAUCCCAUCACUAUUCGCUGCGGCACAGGCUCGAACACUGAAGAAUGCCCGGCACGCUUUAAGUGUACCGCGCCGGCCGACUGCGAGCGAUACUUUCAGGGCGUCUAUUACGAGGGCUGCAUCGGCACCUGUGUCCCUGACAUGCCCGUCAUUUAG